AUGUCUUGGCUUCUUGGUUCAAUGGAGCCUCAUAUUGUCACCCACUUGCGGCCCCAUCGCUCCGCUCAAUCUAUGUGGGCUUAUUUGAAGAAAGUUUAUCAUCAGGAUAACGAUGCUCGUCGUUUUCAAUUAGAACAUGCGAUUGCCAUGUUUCAACAUGGUAGUCUUUCCAUCCAGGACUACUACUCGGCAUUUUUGACUCUUUGGCAUGAAUAUGCUGAUUUGGUUACAGUGGAUGUUCCUAUUGCCGCUCUCUCAACUAUUCAGACUAUUCACGCGACUACCCGGCGUGAUCAGUUUCUUAUGAAACUACGUCCAGAAUAUGAAUCUGUCCGCUCCUCUUUACUGAAUAGAUCUCCUGUUCCCUCUCUUGAUAUUUGUUUUGGUGGGUUACUUCGCGAAGAGCAACGCCUUAGUACUCAAGCUAUUUUGGAGCAAUCUCAUGGCAGUUCCAGGAUGACAACUGUAGCUUAUGCUACCUGA